AUGUCGGACGAUCUACAGAGAAGACCAAACCCAUCGGGAUGGACACCUCCAAAAGCUCCUUACAACCCCUAUGAUCCCGCAGAUGCUCGGCCACCAGAAGGAUAUCCAUCGGAAUUCAAGGUUCCCGGCGCUGCUCCGCUGGGAAUCUCGUCGAUCCCGCGUGAUCCCACCCAAUACAAAAAGGUCAACGAAACCAUGAAAAGACUUAAUUAUACACCACGGCCAAAACUGGCAAAGUAUCCGGGCCAAUAUAUGGUGUUGCGUAAGGUCGACACCAACCAGCGUCUCAAUACGGGCACACGGAUGUUUGGAGCGCUCAUUUCGGUGUCGAUUAUCGGCUACUUCACGUUUUUCUACAGAUGGCAGGACGGUAGUGAGACCGUGAUGUCGGAAUUCUAUAGACAGCGGCUCCAGUGGCAGGAGCGGUUUUUCGGGCUCACAGAUCAGGAGUAUCAGGACUUGUACCAUCCAAAAGGUGCACAAACCACACUCAAGAGUGUGCGCGAUGUAGAUUUCGUACACCAGGAUGCAACAAAGGAGAAUCAGUUUGUGUUGGCACGUCCCUCUGAAAGACAUGUUCUUGAAGCGCAGAGGUUGCAGCAGGAAGAGGAGGAGAGAACGCUACGGGCGUUGGAUGAGCAUCGUGAGUUUGCCAAGCAGUUCAUGGAGCCCGAGCAGAAGAAGAAGCGGUUCUGGUUUUUCUAA